AACAUAGGCUUGUCUAGCCACUAGCCAGCUGCUACAUUGUUUCAACUUGUAGGUAUUAUCCAAAAUGCUGCAAACAUGUUACCGCUGGAUUUAGUGUGACAUCUAGUGGCGGGUAGAUCUCUUAAAAAAAUACUACCACCCAGCAGCAAAGUGACGUAUCUAGGUCAAGUUACACAAGGUAGACACUGCCAUAUUACAACAGUGAAGAGCCCGGGGUGGACAAAGAAUAAACGAGCCUCGCAGCAGCCAACAUCUGUUUUAUACGACGCAAAGGAACUGUAUAGUGUUAGUUAUUUAAGUAAGCUAUAAUAAGUAGCUAGAUCUUUCUGUGAAAGGAGAGUGAUUUUUCUAUUUAACCACUGAAAAUGCUGCUUAGCAAGACUCCUGCUCUGUGCGGAAGUGCCCUCCGUCUGUCCUCCACAACAGCUCGGAUCCAAGCAAAGGGUGGUGUUGCAGCCUUACAAAAUGCUCGUCUCUAUGCUUCCCAGGCCGCAGAGGCCGUGCUGGACAAGACUGAGGUGGGAAGCAGUGCCCCUGCCAAAGCACGCGUGGAGAAGAAGGCUGUGGCAGUGGAGUCCAAGUCCUUUGCUGUGAACAUGUUCAAGGGCCAGAUCAGCACAGCCCAGGUCUUCCCCUUCCCCUCAGUGAUGAAUGAGGAACAAACUCAGUUUCUCCAGGAGCUGGUCCCUCCAGUCAUGAAAUUCUUUGAGGAGGUGAAUGAUCCAGCCAAGAACGACUCUCUAGAGAAGGUAGAGGACCACACCAUGGAGGGUCUGAAGGAGAUGGGAGCUUUUGGCCUGCAGGUGCCUGCCGACCUGGGGGGGCUCGGCCUCACCAACACACAGUACGCCAGGCUGGUGGAGAUUGUGGGCAGCCAUGAUCUGGGAGUUGGCAUCACGCUCGGUGCCCACCAGUCCAUUGGCUUCAAGGGCAUCCUGCUGUUUGGCAACCCGGAGCAGAAGGAGAAGUAUCUGCCCAAGCUGGCAUCAGGAGAGACCAUCGCUGCGUUUUGCCUGACUGAGCCUGCCAGUGGCUCUGAUGCUGCCUCCAUCAAGACCACAGCUGUUCAGUCCGAGUGCGGCACAUACUUUACCCUCAACGGAGGCAAGAUCUGGAUCAGCAACGGAGGUCUGGCAGAGAUCUUCACGGUCUUCGCCAAGACCCCAAUGAAGGACCCGAAGACAGGAGAGAUGAAGGACAAGAUCACCGCCUUCGUCGUGGAGAGGAGCUUCGGAGGAGUCACACACGGUCCACCAGAGAAGAAGAUGGGCAUCAAAGCGUCCAACACGGCAGAGGUCUACUUUGAGAACGUGCGCGUGCCGGCCGACUGUGUCCUGGGGGAGGUGGGCGGCGGCUUCAAGGUGGCCAUGAACAUCCUCAACAACGGCCGCUUCGGCAUGGCCGCCGCCCUCUCCGGAACCAUGAAGGGCGUCAUGACCAAGGCUGUGGACCAUGCGGCCAACAGGACCCAGUUUGGCAGUAAGAUCCACACGUACGGUGCCAUCCAGGAGAAGAUGGCCCAGAUGGCCAUGCUCCACUACGUGACCGAGUCCAUGGCCUACAUGAUCAGCGGCAACAUGGACAGCGGCGCCGCAGAGUUCCAGAUCGAGGCCGCCAUCAGCAAGAUCUUCGCCUCUGAAGCAGCAUGGACGGUGACAGACGAAUGCAUUCAGAUCAUGGGAGGAAUGGGCUUCAUGAAGGACACGGGUGUGGAGAGGGUGAUGAGGGAUCUGAGGAUCUUCAGGAUUUUUGAGGGCACCAAUGACAUCCUCAGGCUCUUUGUGGCUCUCAACGGCUUCCAGAAUGCCGGCAACCAUCUGAAGGGACUGCAGAAGGCUCUGAAGAACCCUCUGGGCAACGCUGGCCUGCUCGUCUCAGAGGUCAGCAAGAGAGCCAAGAGAAAAGCCGGCAUGAGCACUGGCCUCACACUCCAGGGCACCGUGCACCCAGAUCUGGCCUCCAGUGGUGACCUGGCUGUGAAGGCUGUGGAGGAGUUUGGAGUGACCGUGGAGGACCUGCUGCUCAAGCAUGGGAAGAAGAUCAUCAAUGAGCAGUUUGUACUGAAGAGGGUGGCUGACUCUGCCAUUGACCUGUACGCUAUGGUGGUGGUUCUGUCCAGAGCUUCUCGUUCCCUGAGCCAGCAGAUGCCGUCUGCCCAGCAUGAGAAGAUGUUGUGCGAGACCUGGUGCACCGAGGCCCACGCCAGGAUCAUGCAGAACCUGCGGCACCUGAAGUCCAGCACCAGCCGGCGGACCUUCAAGAACAUGCGGGAGAUCUCGGCCGCCGUGGUGGAGAACGGCGGCAUCGUGGCCCCUCAUCCCCUGGGCUUCUAGUGGCCUUCCACCAGGGGGCGCCACUGGUCACAACCAUAUCGUCACAACAACGCAACGCAAUGCCACGUGAACAAAAACAGACCACCAAGUCUCUCCACCACCUUUUGAUUGACUGUUAUUAAAAAAACAAAAGCUGCCGUCGGCAAGUCUUCCAACUCUG